AUGUUCUGCGGUCACUUCAAAGUCACUUAUUUUACUCAUGAAUCAUUUAAAGUCUCUGAAAGUCGUAUUGCGGAAAUAUUAAAAAAUGAAAUAGCCUAUGUUGAAAAUAUGGAUAUCCCUGAAGAGAAAAGUAAAAGUUUGUUGAAUAGUAUUGAUCAAUUCAUCGUUAAUAACCAACAUCCAGAAUUAGCUAUUAUUCGUUGUAAAUAUCCAUAUAAAUUAGACAUUAAGAUCAGCUUAUUUGGAAGAAAAUCAUUAGUAAGAAAAACUAAAAAGAAAUUACAAUCCAUUAUCAACAAGCAUACUAUGAAAACCGUCCAAUUAAAAUUGACUCCUGAAGAACAUGAAUAUGCAAUAGAAAAUUGUAUCGAUGAACUGCAAGAUAUUGAGAAUGAAUACAAAGAUGAUAAUGUUAAAAUACGAAUACGACUAAAAGAAUUUAGUGCACCUCAAUAUUUAAUUGAAACAAUCAAAGAAAAACUAAAAGGACUUAUGGUUCAAAAAACUAUUUUUCAAUAUCAAAAAAUUGGAAAUUCGAUAGAAUUAACUGAUAAUCACAGUGACGAGUUGAAACGAAUUGCAAGACAAAACUAUUGCCGAAUAGAAGGAAUAGAAACAAAAACUGGAAUGAAACUUUAUUCGAUUCCAAAAGCUUUGUCACAAUCGUCGAAUGUAUCAAGUUCUAUAGUACAAAAUUCAAAUGAAUUCAUCUCUUCAUUAUCAGCGAGAAAAAUAUCCAUAAUGAAUGGUUCAAUCGAAAUUUAUUUAACAAAUCAAAGUAAUACUAUACCGAGAGAUGUAACGAUCAUUUCAUCUCCAGCAGCAGCUACCGAAGAACAUAUUGACUACUUGAGUGAUAAUGGAUAUUUCGAAAUGAAAGCAGGCAAAAAGUUUCUUUUUCAUCGUUGGGCUCCGAUAAUGUCAAAUGAUGAUAAAGCAAGCAAAAGACUUAAACGAUCUAUUGAAAAAUUCAUUUCUUCAACUUUACAAAGUAUUACAACAUGUUUUCAAAAUGUACAAAAAAUACUAUACUUAACAAAUGAAUGGGAAAACGUUGGUACUCAAUACCAAGAACAAUUAGCUACUAAUUUGAUCAAUGAAGUUAAACAAGAGCUUGAGACACGAAAGAAUAAUUGGCAAAUUUUACUUAUUUUUAAUGAUCAGCAAAUAAAUUUGCAUAAAGAGUUUCAAAAAGUUCUAGUUCAAUUACAAACUGAUAAAGAUGGAUUUGCUCAAGUUGCCAUCCCAAUAUCAAUAUUACCUAACAUCGAUCUAACGAACAAUUCACAGAUUCAGUUAACUGGCUUAACAGCCGAUAUAGGAAAAACAGUAGAAAAAUAUAAAUUAAUGUCUAUAAACUGGAAGGAAAAAUCAUCGUUGAAUAUUCCACCACCUGUAGCUCCAAGAACGUUAAAUCGACACGGCAAUCGUCCGAAUCCUGUUGAAUUGAAGGCGUACAAUAUUUAUUUUAGUUAUUGUCAAUAUGACCAAGCUAUAUGUAAUCGUAUCAAUACUUACCUAUAUGGUGAAGGUUAUUUGAUUUGUGAAACACUGUCAAAUAUGUCUAAGUUUCAAUCCUAUGUCGACAAAUCUGAUGUCAUUUUGGUUGCUUUCAGUGAAAAGUAUUCAGAAAAUGAACAGUCUUUAACAGAAUUAAACUAUGCCAAAUCAGCACGUAAAAAAAUGAUUCCAUUUGUUAUUAGAAACAAUGCAACCGAACAUGCUUAUCUUACCUCAUUAACGCUUGCCGAGUCGUUCUAUGAUUUAUUUGACAUUGAAAUGGAUAUUGAAUUCAAAGAUGAUUUCGAACUCGAAUACGAGAGAUUAUUGAAUGAAUUGUUGCGUCAUACAAAACCUGGUACUACGGGUAAAAUCUAUGCAGUCCCCAAAGUCUUGCCGAAAAUUGCGCCAAUUGAUGUUGAUUAUGAAGAAGGUGUAUUUGGUCAUCAGUCAAUAGCCUUACAGAAUGUUACUGCUGAGCAACGUUCCAAGCGUGAAAGAACCUAUCAAGAGCAGAUGUUGAAAAAACUAGAAAUGGAAAGAAUUCCGGAUGAGGAUGUAGCACAAUUAUUUGGAGAGCUCGCAUCAGUCACGGAAUAUUUAGAAGAAAUUCUACGAAAAGGAGUUAAUUACUCAAAACCAAGCCAUGACAAUGAGAAUGAAAUGUAUUCAGAGGAACAAAGACAAUGGCCGUUAGAGGAGAACUUAUUAAAUUCCAUGAAAGAUUUCUUGAAUUGCAUAAGACGUUGGUUAAAUAAAGCACCAAAUGUAAUCAAAGGAAAUAUCAAGCCAUUUACACCUACUGGAGACAUCAAUGAUGCUAUUUUUACUAUUAAUAAAUCUCCAAACAAUCCAACAUUUGCAGAAAACUAUAUCGCAUUCGAUCAUUCACCACCUGAGAAAUAUUUUUCAUUGUUUAGUUCUAAUCCAGGUUUAUGUCUUAAUAAUGACCAAACACAUGAAUAUUACCAAAUGUCAAUUUAUAGUGGUAAAUUAACAAAGGACCUAGAAAAAAGAAUGAAUAGUAACAAAACAGCUGAUAUUUCUGAUGAGGCCAGUCAUCAUGAAACAAAAAUCGAAAAUGAAUUGCGAACAUCAGAAGAAAUGCAAAAACUUAACGAACUUGAUAAUCCAAAUCGUAUUUGGAAAAAUUCACGAUGUAAAAAGUUUAUUGAACAGAAGAUAAAAAAUAUUCUUGAAUUAAACGAAUUAUGUGAAAAAUUCAAAUAA